AUGUCGGUGCAUUACACCCUCAACCUGCGCGUCUUCUGGCCCCUGGUGACCGGCCUGUGCACCGCCUUCGUGUGCCUCUACCAUGUCCUGCGAGGGAGCGGAGGCGCCCGGGCCGAGCCCCCCGACGGCGCGGACGGCGGCUUUCCGCUGCUCAAGAUCUCCGUCCUGCUCCUCCUCGGCUACAUCCUCCUCCGCUGCCGCCACGCCGUCCGGCAGCGCUUCCUGCCCGGCUCUCCCCGCCUGGGGGGCCACUCCACCUUCGCCCCCAGACACUUCCAGGAGCCCAGCCUCGACAUCUUGCUGGAGAGUUACUACGAGCACGAGGUGCGCCUGUCACCGCACGUGCUGGGCCACAGCAAAGCGCACGUGAGCCGGAUCGUGGGCGAGCUGGUGCGGGCUGGCCGCACUCGGGGGUCCCCAGGCCUUAUUCCCGGGGGCACGCUGGCCUUGGCCUUCCGCGGAGACUUCAUCCAGGUGGGCAGCGCCUACGAGCAGCAUAAAAUCCGCCGGCCGGACGCCUUCGACGUGCUGGUGCCGCUGCGCCUGCCGCCGCUGGUGGCGCUGGAGCCGCGGGGCCUGGGCGCGCAGCCCGCGGUGGCCCCGGCCUUGCACGGCUGCUUCGUGUGCGCACUCAGGGCGCCACCGGGGGCCUCGGGGGGCCACUGGCUCCGGGACUGCAAACCCUUCGCCGAGGGCUUCUGCGUGGACGUGCGCGGGCGGCGCCUCCUCUCGGCCGCCCUGGUGCUGCGCUGGUUCCAGGCGCAUCUGCAGCGAUCCCUGGCCACCGUGCGCUACAGCCUGGAGGAGCGCUGCCGGGUCACCCUGACGCCCGGCGGCCUGGAGCAGCCCCCCACCCUGCACAUCCUGCCCUGCCGCACCGACUACGGCUGCUGCAGACUUUCCAUGGCCGUGCGGCUCAUUCCCGCCGUCCACGUGGGCGAUGGUGUCUUCCUCGUGGCUCCACCGCCGCCGUCCUCACCCGCUGGGCCCCCGUCGGAGCUCCCGGAAGGCCUGCGUGCAGAUGCGCUUUGGGGCGUGAACACAGCCCGCCAGGAGCAGAAGCUGCUGGGCUGGCUGCAGGAACGGGCCCCUCCAGGUGCCUGCUACCUCAAGUGCCUGCAGCUGCUGAAAGCCCUCCGAGACCUGGGCGCCCGCGGGCUGGACCCAAAGGCUGCCGCCCAGUGGGGACGCGUCCUGUCCUCGUACGUGCUCAAGACGGUGCUGCUGGCGGUGCUGCUGUACGAGAAGGCGCCGGAGCAAGGCUGGGAGGAGGCCCACCUGGGCAAGCGCAUGGACCAGCUGGUUCGCUUUCUUAGGGACUGCCUGCUGGGCCGCCAGACCCUCUUCCACUGUGUCCUGGGCCCCGGCGGGGCAGCAGCUGAAGUGGGCCCGCUGCCCAAGGUACUUCGUGAAGCCGCCCCGGUUGACCUCCUGGCUGCUUUCGACGGUCACGCCCGGGAACUCGUGGCUGCACGGUUGCUGUCCACAUGGCGAAGGCUGCCCCAGCUUCUGCGGGCCUAUGGGGGUCCCCGCUACCUUGCCAGGUGCUCUCCGCCCCGGAGUCAGCGCCCCCAGCACACCCAGGGCUUCCCCAAAGAUGAACCGUAA